AUGAUACUGAAGACCGUUAUCACCAGGAGCUCGCCAAUUAAAGGGCCAAAUACAAGAAUACAACCAUUUGGAGUAAGGUUCAUCUCAUCAACAAAGUCAAACCAAAGAACAAUAUUCCCUCCAGAACUUUCAAAUGAGCCUCAGCAUAAAAGUAAAUUUGACAUAUCAACAAAAUUGAUCAUAAACCCACCAUUAGAAAUUGAUAAAGAUCAAUAUAUAACUCAUCCAGCAUUCCCACAUCCACAACUUUCAAAUAAAGACUGUGAACAGGUCCAUUUUGUUCACAGGCAACCAAUCUCAACAGGUGAUAAAAUAGCUGAUCGAGGUGUUAAAAUUUGUCGAAAAUUAUUCGAUUUCAUAACUGGUUAUAAAAAACCAGAUGAUUUAGGAAACUUGAAAAAUCAUACAGUUAAAGGAACACGAUAUGAAAUGACUGAAGAAAAAUGGAUGACUAGACGAGGCGUCCCUGGUAUGGUUGCUGCGUUUGUUAGACAUUUACAUUCUUUGAGAUUAUUAAGAAGGGAUAAGGCAUGGAUCGAAACUUUAUUGGAUGAAGCCUAUAAUGAAAGAAUGCAUCUUUUAACGUUUAUGAAGUUGGGUAAUCCAUCAUGGUUUACAAGGUUGAUUAUAUAUAUUGGUCAAGGUGUUUUUUGUAACUUGUUCUUUUUGAUUUAUUUGAUGAAACCAAGAUACUGUCAUAGAUUUGUUGGUUAUUUGGAAGAAGAAGCAGUUAGUACCUAUACACAUUUGAUUCAUGAUAUAGAUUCAGGGAGCUUACCCAAAUUUGAUAAAGUUAAAAUUCCUGAAAUCGCAUGGCUAUAUUGGACCGAAUUGGAUGAAAAAUCGAGCUUCAGAGACUUGAUUCAAAGGAUAAGAGCUGAUGAAUCAAAGCACAGAGAAGUCAAUCACACUUUGGCUAACCUUAAACAAGAAAUUGAUAGAAACCCGUUUGCUUUAAAACUUGAUGGAAUUCCAAAGAAGGAUCAGCCUGAUGAAUAUGAUCUCAAGUCUUCUAGACCAUCAGGUUGGAACAGGGAUCAAUUACACUUAUGA